CAAUUAUUCAUUUCUCCUCCUCCUCGUCUGCCUCUGGCUUCUUCUCCUCCACGCCAAUUACCUUCCUUUCAUAGCAACCAUGGGUGUCCCCUUUGAGGCUCUGAUUCCCUAUGGGAUCAUCAUCGGCAUGUUCGGUGUGACGGGUAUUGGUCUGGGAGCGGUCAAAACCUUGUCGAACGAGGGCAAGCGGGCGCGCUGGAACCGCGAUCUGUGGGAUAGAGUAAUGAUGGAACGGGACUACAGACUCACGGGAACGAAGCGAGGCCAGUCAACCAAUGUGGUAGCGCCCAAGGGCUUCGAAGUUAGCAACCCGUGGAAGUUGGAGAAACGGAUCUACUAGAACACCCGAAUCGAUAUAUCAACUUCAUGAGUUUCUCUUCUUCGCUCACUCUUUCUGCGCUUCUGUGAUAAA